AUGGUUAUAUUUUUAAUUCUUUUUUCAUUUUAGGUUGUAGAACCCAAUUUGAAUUGCAAAUUAAAUUAGUAUGAAUUGUGGCUAAAAUCAAACUUCAGAAGGAAUUAUAAAGAUGUAGCAUCUUAAUUUAAUAAUGCAAUUCUUUCAAAUGCAAGAUCUAAUUCCAUGUUUGGAAGCAAGGAAAAUAUAAGUCCAUUAAAAGAUUUAAUAUAUAUGUAAGUUGGUUAAUACUAUCCACAUUUUUACACAAGUGGUUAAAUGGUUGUUUAGUUUGCACAAAUUUAAGAAAUAAAUCGAAUAAAAAUUUGGUUCUACGAUUAAGACAGUAGAAUACAUAGUUUUAAAAUAAUUGCAAUUUGUUAAAAUAAAAUUGAAAAGGAAUUAUUUUAAGGGUAUUAAGUACAUGGUCUAAUAACAAUUAAUUUUGAAAAUAAUUUUGUAUCAAUGAUCAAGAUAAUUAAUUUGCCAGGUGGCACAUAUGGUGAAAUAGCAAUUAUAAAAAUCUAAGCCUAUUUUGUUUUUAAUAGUCACCUUGAGGAUUGAGAUUAAUGAGUUUUGAUAUCAUAUAUUCCUAUCAAUUUGAUAGAAUAAUUAGGUAUUAUUUAUUUAUUGCAAAUUAAGGCAAUUCAAUCUAUCAUAUUUACUUAGAUAUUGGGUCAUUAUGUUAUUAAUUAUUCUUUUCCUUUAUAUUAAUAAAUCUUACAAAUUUAGUUUGUAAAACAGAUAAUUUAACUUCCUGUUAUGCACAGGUAUUAAUGUCUAUAUAGAUAGCCAAUAAAGUAGAAGACGGAAGCAAUACUGAUGGUGAACAAAUUAUUUCUAAAAUUUAUGACUAGAAAGUGA